CUGCAAUAUAUAAUACCAAGUUUUUAGGGAGUCCCGAAAAGCCACGUCGCGGAUGUGUUCACUUAAUAUACUUUUUAAAGCGGGACAUGUACAGUAGUGGUUGUAGUUUUCAGUUAAUUAUGGUUUCUCUUUAUAUGGUUUUACACUUAUUGAGCAGACAUGCUCCUAGUUGAUGUUUUUUAAAUGCAGAAAGCUAAAGUGAACGUUAUUUUCAAGGAGGACAUCCUGAUUUCCCGUCUUUAUCGUAGGUCCCGAACACAUCUGAGGAAGAGAAGGCUGCUUAUUAGUUAGCUGGUUAGCGACUGUGGAAAGAUGCAAUUGGCUUUAAGUAAAACGUUUGGCCAGAAGCCAGUAAAAUUUCAGUUAGAACAAGAUGGGGACUUUUACAUGGUUGGGUCGGAGGUGGGAAACUAUCUGCGUAUGUUCAGAGGCUCUCUGUAUAAAAGAUAUCCAUCUUUAUGGAGGAGGCUGGCCUCAGUGGAGGAGAGGAAGAAAAUCGUAGCAUCAUCACAUGCCACUAGUGUUACUCUGCUGAAGGCAUCAGAAUGUGAAGAGAUCUUCGAGGGUAAUGAUGAGAAAUACAAGGCGGUGUCCAUCAGUACAGAGCCCCCAGCUUACCUCAGGGAGCAGAAAGCAAAGAGGAGCAGUCAGUGGGUCCCCACGCUGCCCAACAGCUCUCACCAUCUAGAUGCAGUGCCUUGCUCCACCACCAUCAACCGCAACCGGAUGGGCCGUGACAAAAAGAGGACCUUCCCUUUGUGCUUUGAUGACCACGACCCUGCAGUGAUCCAUGAGAACGCAGCCCAGGUAGAGGCACUGGUUCCCAUUCGUCUAGACAUGGAGAUAGACGGACAGAAACUGAGAGAUGCAUUCACAUGGAACAUGAAUGAGAAACUGAUGACCCCGGAGAUGUUUGCAGAGAUUUUAUGUGAUGACCUGGACCUGAAUCCUCUGGCCUUUGUCCCCGCCAUUGCCUCAGCCAUUCGUCAGCAGAUUGAGUCCUACCCCACUGACAGCAUACUAGAAGAGCAGGCAGACCAGAGAGUCAUCAUCAAGCUGAAUAUCCACGUGGGGAACAUCUCUCUGGUGGACCAGUUUGAGUGGGACAUGUCAGAGAGGGAGAACUCACCCGAGUCGUUUGCACUGAAGCUGUGCUCUGAGCUGGGUCUGGGCGGAGAGUUUGUCACCACUAUAGCCUACAGCAUUCGCGGUCAGCUCAGCUGGCACCAGAGGACCUAUGCCUUCAGUGAGAACCCACUCCCCACAGUAGAGAUUGCCAUCCGCAACACGGGCGAUGCAGACCAGUGGUGCCCCUUGCUGGAGACCCUCACAGAUGCUGAAAUGGAGAAGAAGAUCCGAGACCAAGAUAGGAACACAAGGCGUAUGAGACGACUGGCCAACACCGCUCCUUCCUGGUAGAAAGAGACAUGAAGCUGCAUCAGAUGAUGGGUCGUCUGGAGACUGUUACUCUCUCUUACUCUGAAAUGAUCAAGUAAAUACACAGUGUCACACACACACACACACACAUGUCAUCCUUAAAGCAUUGAUAAAGCAUCUGGACGUUCCUGUAAGCAUGAAUGCACUCAGACAUGUGGUUAGUCUCCAUGGGCACUUCACUGACUGAACACAACACACACACACACAUCCAGGCAUUCCUCUGCACACACAGUCUACCAUCAUCAUGUUUCACUCUGCCUUUAGCACAUCAGUCAUGGCAACAGUUCAAAUCUAACCCAACAUCACUGUUGGUUAGUGUUUGUCAUUGAAGGAGGACUGAUGUCUGUUGCACAAGUUACUGUUACACGCACCACACCAUGCAACAUUCACACCACACCCGUCAAGUCAAAACACUUGGCAUCACAGUACAAAGACUGAGUUUAAUGUAUCUGUAUGAAUGGUUAGUGAAAUGAAACCAUUAGUUUGUGCCGUUACACUAAUCUGGACAGCAUUUGUAUAACAUCAUCAGGGCAACUCUUACAACUGUUAUUUUAAAUUUGCUAGAGUUUUAUCAUAUCUGUAACAGGUGUGCCGUUUUCUCUGUCUACUAUGGUCAAAAUUCCAGUUGAAAUGAAUUAUAUAUGAUUGAGGAGGCUAAUUUAGAUCCUGUCCUAAUCAACAUCUAGUAUUGCACUAUAGGUGUUUUCAGAGCAGACAUUUUGAACACAUUGGAAAGGAAAGGAGAAGCACAGGUGUAACUAAUAACAUUAACUAUGGCUCUGUGUCCCAGUACACACUGUCAAAGCUAAGUGGAAUGAAGUCGUAAUGUUAAUGGCACCUGUGCUUUUCCCGCCAUGAUAUGUCCAAGGCCCCAUUUCCACUUGUCAUUUCAAGUUCUCGUAUCCGGAUGAAAUCCAGAUGAGAUUUAAGACACCAAAAACUGCUUACUGACAUAUAUACACUAUGUGAGGAGUAAAGAUUAUGUAUGUGUCUUGGUUAGAUGGAUGGAUUUAUGGAUGCACCUUUUCAACAACUGCUAGAAUGAAUCUCAAUCCGUCUUGAAUGCUUCUUGGAUACAUUUAGACUGGGCAGAUCGGAUAGCUAUCUGAUAGGCCCAAGACGCCUAAAAUGACUGCGUGUGAAUGGGUUAAAAGUGUCUGUUGGGAAAAUGCCUAUUACUUUUGCUGUUCCACAUGACCAGCGGUUGGGAUUACUUAGGCAGGGUGUCCUCGAUCAACAGAAAAAUGAUCAUGAACUAAUAAUCGAUUUAAUCGUUUGAGUCAUUUUUCAAGCAAAAAUAGUGAAAAGUGUCAAACAUUUUCUUGUUCCAUCUUCUCAAAUUAGAUGAUUUGCUGCUCUUCUUUGUCAUAUAUCAUUCCAAACUGAAUAUCUUUGGGUUUUAGUCUGUUGUCAGACAAAACAACACAUUUGAAGAUGUCACCAUGGGCUUUGGGAAGUUGUGAUGGGCAUUUCUUCACUAUUUUUUGAUAUUUUAUAGACUAUACAAUUCAGACUUGCACAUCAAACCUUUGUUGGUGGACGAUACCCCAGAAAUAGUACAUAAUGCCCCUAUGUGUAGAGUUCGAACAUUUCUGAAUUUGGUGACUGAUAUUGGAAGAAAAAAGUCCCAAUUCUCAUUGGGAUGGUGUGCAUUGGUAAGCAAACUUAUACAAUCAAACAAAAACUCUUAAUGACAUAAAAAAAAUCCUACAUGUAGGGGCUUUAAUAAAUGUUAGUGAACCACAUCAAAGUGUUUUUGCUACUUUAUGCUGUGGGCGAUGUUAGUGUUUUUACCUGACUGAAAUGACCGGUGUGCAUGUGUAAAAUCAAACUACAACAAUCCCUGGAAAUGUUACUGCUGUCCAGAUAGGUCUUCAGACAGUGGCAGUAGCUCAGAUAUGUCAAGUGUUUGCAGCCAAUUAGAGAGUUGCCAGGUACGUGCACCAGUGUUCAUCUGCAUGCUAAAACAUAGGUAGUUCAUACUGUACCCAGUGCAUGAGGGACUAAUUGUUCCCAUUGUUACUUCUGUUUGCACUGUGCCUCACAUUGCAUCAGUGUCAGCAGACCGGAGCCUCUAUUUUACUGGGAGUGUUUUUGGGUAGUAUGGGGGGGGAAGCAAGCUGACGAGAACCAAUGGUGUCUUUUUAAAGUGAUGAUUUUCAUCUUGAACAUUUGAACAUACUCAUUGAGAAUGAUGUUAACGUAUGUACUGUUGCUUCUUGUUCUCUUCUUUUGUAAUAUUGCUUUACCUUUAUAGUGGACUUGUUUUUAUAUGAAAAAUAACAAUAAAGAAAACUUGUUGGAAACAUG